CAAUUGAAAUCAUUCCAUACUUGAUAUUCCCAUCAAUUUAGGGUUUUAUCGAGAUCUGAAUUUUACAUAUGAAGUCAAAAUUAUGUUUUUUGUGCAAGGGCAUAGUAAAUAAAUAAAAUGAUUAAUAAGAACUACUGGAUCCCUGCAAAGGCUUACAGACCAGAAAGUGAGUUAGCCAAGAAAAAUAUCUGGCAUAAAGGCUUUACGCCGACCUACGAGAAUGAGGAGCCCCGAAUGGGACUAAUUUUAUCCUGGCAUUACGGAAGGCAGUGGCUAGAAGAGCGCACCUUCCAUGGAAAAGAGACAAAGAAAAAGAUAAAGACAAGAGCCAAGUUUAUUCCCCCGGCCUACAGCAGUUGGCUAGAGAAACGCAAAUUAAAUAAGACAAGACUACAGCUGCUGAGAUCCUGAUUUAGCUAGUUCCUGUUAUUGAUUUAAUCUAUUUUUCAUUUAAGCUAGUUUUCAUAAAUUUAUUAUAUAACACUGAGAAAAUCUAAAAAAAAAUAAAAUUGGUGUCUAA